AUGGCUUACACGGCGCCGCCCCUGCCAGCCGAGACGCUGCAGCACAUUGCGCAGUACUUUAGCUCGUCGAACGAGAUGCACGUCUAUGUGACGGCGCUGCCGCAAGCGUGGUUGACGCCGCCGAUGGCCGCCUUGCACGAGCUCUACGCCUGCGUGCGCGACGGCCGCCUCGCCGACACGAGCGCAAAGCAGCCCAAGAUGGUGCAGCUCUGGCCCGAAGUACAACUACCCACGUCGUUCACGGACGCGCCACUGCCCCGCUCGGAAGCAGACGCGCAGCUUGUGGUGCUUCUCAGAACGUACCUUUUAAUGCUGCCGCGCAUCACGACGCACGUCGGACGCAGCAUCUCGGACUUUGUUCCACCAGGCACCAACCUUUGCAUCGAUCCAGCAAACUUUGUGGACGAGCUGGAGCGUGCGGCGGAUCUCGGGAACGUCGAGGAGUUGCGUGUCCUCAUCCGUGACUGCUGCGACGGGUCGUGGCCGCCCCACGCCUUUGACUGUAUACGUCGAAUGUCGAGAUUGCGAGAGCUCCGUGCCGACUGGCUUCCAUUGAGAGGCACCGAGCUCCAAACAAACUUUGUCAAGAUGCUUGCCUGCUCGAGCAUCACGCGCCUGGCAGUGCACUACCACGACAGCGCCAUCACGUGGUCCGAGGCGACGGGCAAGGCCUUUGUGCGAUGGAUUCGCUCCGCACCCAUAACAUCCCUCGAGCUCGGACAUCUGCCUCUGUGCAAGCUUGACGCGGCCCGACUCUCGGUUGCGAUUCUGCAAUUGCGAACGCUGAAGGUCCUCAAGGUGGAGGGGACCCUAGCCCGUAUGCUCUUUGCCAUCAUCGUGCAUCAACCAUUCCUUUUAAAGGUGGGGCGACUAGCACUCCCCCCCCAGCUCGAGACACUCGAGGCCGUUGUCGAGCACGAACGGGACGUUGUCAGCGUCUUGCGCGUCAUCCGCGGCACCAACCUACGCCACGUAUCCCUCUUCUGGGACGAGCCCCUCGACGACCCUACGGCUCUCGCGCUGCGCUCCGUACUCGCGAGUCUGCAGAACCUUCGUCAGCUCGAGCUUGGUGGCGUGAACAUGCCCCCUAUCGAUUUGGCGCCGAUGCAGCGCCUCGAGCAAUUGGAGCUGCAUCGGAGCACUCUGGGCGAUCCCGGUGUGAUUCCAACAGUGUGGGCACUACCCCAGUGCCGUUGGCUCCGACAUCUGAGCCUCGUCGACCAAGGGUGCACGUAUCUCACGGCGGAAGCACUCGCCGCUGUCGUUCCGCACUGCCCGUCGCUCAAGACGCUCCAGCUGUCGUACAACAACUUGGGCACGGAAGGUUUCAUCGCUUUGCUGCCGAUUGUGGGGUCGCUCGACGCCUUGCUGCUUCGCGCCAACGGCAUCGAUGUCGACGGCGCGCUCAUGCUGGCGCAUCAUAUCGAUGCCACGGCACACCUGACCGAUCUCGAAUUGUCGGGUAACCCCAUCGCCAAGUACGGUAUCAUCAGUAUCAUUGACUCCAUGAUCACAUCGUCCAUCGAUCGACGCGGUACUGUGGGCCUUUGCAAUACCGUCGACGAAGCUGGGGACAUCGAACGGUGCAUGGAGUGGGCGGCGGCGCUCCCGAACCGUGCGUGGGUAAAACUCGAUGUCCACUCGUUCUAA